GGUAAACAAUACCUCGCGUAAUACAAUAGACGCUUUGGUAAUUGAAAUUCAAUCAAAUGACAGAAUUUUAUUUAUUUAUGACUUGUACAAACAGUGCAUAAUAGUUAAUUUUGUAAGUUUUAUUUUAAAUCUCGACGAAUUCUCUUAAUCAAGGGGAAAAUAUUCGACACCAUGUCCGAUGCUUUUGAAGAAAUACAAGCUAUCAAAAUCAAACGAAAUUGUAUGAGAGAAAAAUUGCAAAAAAGAAAGCGAGAACGACAUGAGUUGUUUACAUUGACGUCGGGUGUAUCUUUAUCCUCAUCGCCUAAUAAUGAGCCGCUUAGAUCACCAGGAUUGAAUUCAUCAAGACCGACGAGUCACACAGAUUAUGAAAGGGAUUUGAUUGGUUUAUUGCACGAAGCACAUACUAAUUUUCCAAUUACAUCUGCAGAGUUAAUGGAUCAGCUUCGUAAAACUUUUAAUGCUGAUAUUACUCACUCUGAUGUAAAUAAACUACUGGAAAAAUUGGCAGCUCAAAAUGUUGUGAAAAUCAAAGAAGUUACAGAAAAUGGAGUCUUCGGAUACACAGUUCUUUCACUUACAGAUGUUCAAUUGCAUAACAUUGAAGGUUUACCAGAUAUUGUUGAAAAUGCUGAAAGCACAGAAUCUGCUACCUCAGAAACAAGUGACCAAGGACUAUGUGAAAAAAAAACAAAACUUGAUGAAAAAGGUGCAGAAGAUAUCAUGUCACUUAUAUCCAUGCCUACAAUCCGAGAGAAAGAAAAUAAAAAGUAUGGUGAACAAAUUCUCAAUCUUCUAUCCAAACAAACUUCUAAAGAAAAGUCAUUGGCUGAGAGAUUUCGAUCACAAGGGGGAGCACAAGUGAUGGAAUUUUGUCCUCAUGGUACUAAAGUAGAGUGCGUAAAACUAAAUCAAGGGUUUGCUAGUAAGUGUAAAAAACUUCAUUUCAAAAAAAUAAUUCAGGCACAUACAGAUGAAUCUUUGGGAGACUGUAGUUUUUUGAAUACUUGUUUUCAUAUGGAUACCUGUAAGUAUGUCCACUAUGAAGUUGAUUAUUCAUCUUUGCAACAGCAACAAAGUAAUGUUUCUGUUGAUGAAAAUACAACAAAUGGAACAUCAGACCCAAAGCAUUCUUCGACUACAUGCUUAUCUGUUGAUAGUCCAACUUCUCUUAAUAAAAGUAGUACUGGUAAUAGUGCUGAACUGACUCUAUAUCCACCCCAGUGGAUUCAAUGUGAUUUAAGAUACCUAGACAUGACAGUUUUAGGAAAAUUUGCAGUGAUAAUGGCAGAUCCACCAUGGGAUAUUCAUAUGGAACUUCCGUAUGGGACAAUGUCUGAUGAUGAAAUGCGUCAGUUGGGAAUUCCUGCUCUUCAAGAUGAAGGUUUACUAUUUUUAUGGGUUACAGGAAGAGCUAUGGAAUUAGGAAGAGAAUGUUUGCAGCUAUGGGGAUAUGAAAGGGUAGAUGAAAUUAUUUGGGUCAAGACAAAUCAGUUGCAAAGGAUUAUAAGAACUGGACGCACAGGACAUUGGCUGAACCAUGGAAAAGAGCAUUGUCUUGUUGGAAUGAAAGGUAACCCAAGGAUAAAUAGAGGAUUAGAUAGUGAUGUCAUAGUGGCAGAAGUCAGAGCUACCAGUCACAAGCCAGAUGAAAUUUAUGGGAUUAUCGAAAGGAUGAGUCCUGGUACUAGAAAAAUUGAACUUUUUGGAAGACCUCAUAAUGUACAGCCUAAUUGGAUAACUUUGGGCAACCAAGUAGAUGGCGUUCAUUUGAUUGAUCCUCAGUUAAUUAAAGCCUUUAAAAAAAGAUAUCCUGAUGGAAACUCCAUGAAACCAGCCAAAGCUUAAAUUGGCUAAAUUUUCAAUAGCAUUGUAAGUGUAUUACUACAAUAUGGACAAAGACAAUAUUCAUUUCACCAAAUGGAUACAGUUUGUAAUGUGAUGUUGAAAAAAAUCAUUUGUAUAAAUUUUUUAUUGUAUAAGUAAAAACUUAAUUUAGAAGAUAUGUACAGAAAAAUUGACUUUUA